GUCACUUUUUCGUUUAACUAAUUAAGUCUUAAACUUAGUGUCGAACGAAAAAGUGACCAACCACCGGGGGUUGAGUGUACCGAUAAAAUGUAAACAACUUGAAAUGCAAUCGUAAAUCAGUUAAAAACGGACUAAAUUUCAAACAAAAUCUCAGUGCUCAGUGAGAAAGACCAAACCAGCCACACCAAUGUCCACCGAGAAAAACAUCUGGCAGGCGGCCUCCACCGGCGAUCCGAUCGCCCUGGACCGCUGCCUGCGACGAAAGCCCGCGAAAAACCGCCGCCGCGCCAAAGUGUCCAACCUGCGGGACAACCACAACUGGACCGUGCUCCACCACGCCGCGGCCAGCGGAUCCGCCGAGUGCGUCGAACUGCUGCUGUCCGGAUCCGAUUCCGACCCGCAGGCCCGCUGCUACGAGGGACGAACGGCACUGCUGUUGGCCUGUUUGCAGGAGGAGCCGGCGAUGGAGGUCGUUCGGUUGUUGGUGGAAGCGGGCGGCGGCGAGGUGGUUAAUGUUCCGAACAAUGAGUGCGUGACACCGCUGCAUGUGGCGGCGGAGCGGGGGCAUUUGGAGUUGGUUGAGUUGUUGGUUGGGAGUGGGGCGUUUGUGGACGCGCGGGAUUACGGAGGGGAAACGCCGUUGCACUUGGCGAUGGUUGGGGGUCAUUUGGAGAUUGUGAUUUGUUUGUUGUUUGUUGGGGGAGCUAAGGCGGACUUGCAGUCGGAUAACCACUUGGAUGCGCUGGAGAUUUUGGCCGCGCGAGGGAACUGCGAGGAGCGACGGAAGGUUGCUUGUUUUAAGGUGGUUUUUAACUUCUUGCAUGCGGGGCAGGAAUAUCGAGAGAAGUACAACGUCGAGGACAUCUACAUGGUCGCUACUGUGAGCUGUCCUUCGGUGUCGUUGGUUCCCUAUUUUGUGCGGAGUGCUUUGCUGUACGAGAGAGACGAGGAUCGGCGAGAGAUGAUGGUUUAUUUGCUGGAGCGAUGUCCUCGAGUCCUCGAGGAUCUGCGAACGAACCUGUAUCAUCACUUGCUGCUGUUGAUCGUCGACUGCGAGGGAAUUCAGCGGUUGGAUAGAAAAAUUGUGAUCCUGGAAUUCGACGAGCUUAUCCCCAGCGAACUGCGGCUGCCGAUAGAACUGGCAUCAUUUUGUUUGGCUGCGAUCGACGGCGAAGAACAUCUGCGAAUGUUGGGCAAAUUUCUCAAAAGUGUGCAACAUCUGAUGCACUUUUGCGCUACAAAUCUGGUGGAAACGCUGUUCAUUCUUCAGCGCAAGUUGACCAAACGCAAUCCCCUGUCCAAAGAGGCCUUCAAGCGUUACGAGUCGAUCGUUGAGACGAUCGUGCAGAUCUACCACAAACCGGCGGACGAUCUGGUGCGAAACUUGUGGGUCAAGAGCGCGACAUCGUUCCCGCAGCUCCGGUUAAUGCGACCCAUCGUCGGCUUCUGCACCGAGCUGUUGAUGAUCCCCCGGGGAGACUUCGAGAGGGUGGACCCGGCCUGUUUGCGUGAGUUUGGUUCUUUCGAAGCUAUGCGCGAGGAGGUUGACUUUAGCUUGGAGAACUUUACUCUGCAACGGCUGGUGCGGGACGCGAUUAGGAAGACUGUGCUUGAGGCGAUCGAAGUGAGUUCGCCCAGGGUCGACCUCGAGUUUGUGCAGAGGUUGGGGAGACUGAGCUUGCCGCCGCAUUUGGUAAAAUAUUUGCGAUAUUGUUGACCAAUAAAGCUUGAUUCAAACAUAAA